ACCCGAGACAAGAGGCAAAUCAAUGACUGCAUAUGGUUUCUCCCAAUAGAGUCUCCGACGAAGGCCAGAGACUUGUUCCUGACCAUAUCCAAGAACUGGUACGGGUCAAACACCGGCAAAUCGCAGCCGUCCGGCUGCCACCGCCACUUCAUGAACCCGUCGUCGGGCCGCCCGUACUUCAUGCAGUUCUGGUGCUCGUGGAUCGCCCAGCACGUGGCGUUGGUGUAAUACGGAGCCUCCGGGUUCGGAACCCAUUCUCCGGCCAAGACGUCGCAGUCGCCGCCGCCUUCGACUUCCAUCAUCUUGAUGAUGGUGUCCACAUCUCUCACUUCCCCAUGGUCAGGCCAGAACAGAGGAAGUAACGUUGUUAAGGAUAAUAAUAAGGUCAAGGCUACAAAUGUUGUGGUUCUUUUUG